AUGUCGUCAAACUGGAAGCUUCAGACUAUUUUCGAUGGCGAUCGAGGUGUUAAUCAUGGCUUGAAAAAGUGGAAGACAAGUUUUAGGGCCGUUAAAACUAUCCAGAAGAGUACUACCAAUCGCGCAUCCAGGAAGUAUUUGACUGAAGUUGAGGUAUUGUCGAGAGUCGCGCAUCGAGAUUACCUAUUUGUGAAGUUUUUGGGGUGGUAUGAAGAUAAAACCUUUAUAUAUAUCGCAAUGGAGUUCAUCAAGGAUGGAGAUCUGAGUAAUUAUAUUCAAAAUUAUCAACCGGAGGUUAAAGGCUAUGCUAAGGAAAUCACAAAACAACUCCUAACAGGACUAGAAGUCCUCCAUUCACUGAAUAUAUGCCACCGAGAUUCAAAGCCAAAGAAUAUUCUCAUCGCUUCCUGUAAUCCUCUGCAUGUCAAAAUUGCAGACUUUGGCAUCGCGAAAAUUGAGAUGGAUACCGUUCUCCGGACCCAUAUUGGGACACAUGGCUAUUUCGCUCCUGAGAUAAUGCCAAUGAUACGGUAUGAAAUCAAAGGCUUUAAACCAAGUACUCAGUAUACCAAUGCCGUCGAUAUGUGGGCUGUUGGAGUCCUGCUGCACGAGAUGCUUACCUCUGAAAUUCCUUUUCUGCUCCGUGGUAAUGAUAAUACUUCGGGGAGCACCACGUGCAGCGGAGUGGUGGGGGGGAAUAUGAUGCAUGGAAAAGAGCUGGAUUUUCGUUUGUUAAAAGAGUUCUGUGCUGGAAGGGAGGAUCUUCCGUUAGGUUUGCUAGAGUCUGGCAAUAAUACGGAGGUUUCCAAACUAUUGAGAUCUCUGAUUACACCAAACCCGAACCACAGAAUAUCUGCAGUAUUGGCAUUGAGAAAUGAAUGGAUUGAAUCUUCGAGACCUAAUGUUGAAGGGGUAUCGGAACCGGAUCCGCUACCACCACUAAGUAUGGACCCGAAGUGGGCGCCAAGGCAGGUCGAGGCGCAGUACUAUGAUUACCUGGAUUGUUUGUGGAUGAUUCUGGGAAUCAUAUGGGCAGGGGUCCUGUAUUGUAAUUGUGUGUGGAAGAGACUGGUAACCACAUAUCGGGAGUAUUGGGGGUUUAUAGUUUCAAGGGUGGGAAGUAUGUUGGUCCCAGUGUUGCUCUCGCGGUUGCUCGCGAUCGAUCCUGCAGUGGGACGGAUCCCGCAGCAGCUGGGUGAUAUGUGGAGGGAGAAGGAGAGGGGAUAA